AUGCUCUACCAACCAGGCAAAACCGCCCACAACCUGCCCUUCGACCCGUUCAAAGCUUGCGUCGUGCCGCGCCCCAUCGGAUGGAUCUCCACCACUUCGCCCCGGCUGACCUUCGACCCGCCCUACGUGAUGUUCUCGGUCAACCAGACCCCGCACCACCAUGACUCAGGACUGUCCGGGGAAGGAGAGGCUACGCGAAAGGACACAGUCCGCAACAUCGAAGCAACAGGCAAAUUCGCGUGGAACUUGGCCAUGUACGAUCUACGGGAGGCGGUCAAUAUUACGGCACAGCAAGUGCCGCCGGGGGUGGAUGAAUUCCAGUCGGUUGGGUUGGAGAAGGAGUUUACCUCCUGCCUGCCCGGCGAUCUUCCCGGGAGUGAAGAUGGGAAGAAUGGGAAUCCGGUGCCAAUGGUGAAAGCCAGCCCUGUCAAAUUCGAGUGUGUGUAUCACUCGACGCUGCGACUGCCCGGCAAUGGGCCUGUGGGGACCGUGGAUGUGGUUAUCGGAAGGGUGGCGGGGUUUCAUAUUGCCGAUUGGGCGCUGAAUGAAAGGGGCAGGCUGGAUGUGAGGCGCACAAGGCCGAUUGCGAGGUGUGGGUAUUACGAGUAUGCUGUCGUGGGUGGGGAGGGGACCAUCUUUGAGAUGGUGAUUCCGGGGUUGGAUGAAUUGACGUUGGCGGGGUUGGAGGGGUAUAAGGAGAAGGUGGACAAAUGGAUGGGUGCGAAGGAGAAGGCGAAGUUGUAG